CCCCGGAAGUGACGUCACUCGCCUGGCGCCAACUGCCUCUCCCGGUGACGCCACUUCCUCUUCGUUCCGGCUCUCGCGGUGGGAGCAGCCAUAGCUAGCCAUGGGCAAGUUCCUGAAGCCGGGCAAGGUGGUGCUGGUGCUGGCGGGGCGUUACGCCGGACGCAAGGCCGUCAUCGUCAAGAACCAGGAUGAGGGCACGGCAGACCGGCCGUACGGGCACGCUCUGGUCGCCGGUAUCGACCGCUACCCGCGCAAGGUGACGGCGCGCAUGGGCAAGAAGAAGCUUGCGAAGCGCUCCAAGGUGAAGAGCUUCGUGAAGGUGUUCAACUACAACCACCUCAUGCCCACCCGCUACUCGGUUGACAUCCCUCUGGACAAGACAGUGGUGAACAAGGACGUGUUCCGGGACCCAGCGCUCAAGCGCAAGGCGCGUCGCGAGGCCAAGGUCAAGUUUGAGGAGAGGUACAAGACUGGGAAGAACAAGUGGUUCUUCCAGAAGCUGCGGUUCUAAUCUUGUCCCAGAUUCAUGCGCAAUAAACAUACAACCGGCUCUCCAGAACGUUAUUA